AUGACCAGGCUGCUACGCAGGAUCCAAGAUGGUUUCGCCCAUAGCUACAUUAUGGGCGCGUUUGGAGACAAUUCUUUGUCGAAGGGUUUGGUUUUUUGUGAAAUUCCACAACCUGCACAUCGUUUCUGAGGCAUAAUUCUCCGUUAAAUCACUGCAUCAGACAACGGAGAAGGCAAAUGAAUAUCGUAGUCCAAAUAAUACGGCUAACUGCUUAUGUCCUCCUUUGUGUUGAUAUCUGAGCUCUCUACCAUCUACCUUUGCUUCAUGAAUUUGCUCCAAAUAUACAACUCUGAUAAAAAAAGGAAUGUGUACAAUUCAUUCCCGCAAACGACCUCUUGUAUUACGAAAUGCACCUCUAGCCAUACUUGCCUUUUGAAUCUAUGGGGAUUUCUCGUUUUUUUUUCUAUCAGAAGCAGGAAAAAUUCAAGUGUACGUCCGCGUGCGUCCAUUCACGGAGAGAGAGAAGGACAAACGAGAAGUGAAUGCCAUUGAAAUUCAUCAAGAACACUCGCUGGUAAGCAAAGCGAAUCGUAAAAUAGGACUGCAGCGUGUACAUGUAGAUACUUCCGCUUUCAGAGUUGUCAUCUGCCGCUACAAUGACCUUUUCUGAGUGUGAUACGAUUUAAGUCAGUGGUAAUUACGUGGCUUUUCCCAUUACAAGACUAUUAGCUUACAUUUGUGCUUAAAUGCGACUUUUUCCUGGACACACGUCUCCAAACUUCAUAACCCCUGAGUACCCAUAUGUGGCUGCCAUGGGUGACUAACUCUCAGCAAAUCGGUCGGACAGUUUUAACGCGACUUUGCAAUAUAUUUAAUCUCAACAAUUGCUUAUACAAGUUGGUAUUAAUCAGAUCGGUUAAAACUGCAUGUAAAAUAGCGAGCGAAAACUUAUUACAAUGUAAAUCAAGUUAAAUACGCCUAAAAAUAAAUAUGCUCAGGGAAACUACAACGAAAAUAACGAUGAAAAUUACGUGAUACAAACUUACAUUUGUUGCGAUGCUGUAGAAUUACUGCCUAACGGCGAAGAAGCUGCAAGACGUGCCAUACAAUGAAAUAUAACUUCUGCUUCGCCAGCGGACUUACUGAGUAAACUGAACAAAUUGUGAUGAACAAUACGGUCUAAACACAUGCCACGUCACGUAACGUUAUGAAAUGUUACGUAGCAUAGUGCACACAAAUUUGAACUGUAACUAGUGUUGUUUGUGCAAGAACAAUAAAUGAUAAAAAAAGAACAGGGUGUUUGUGAUCUACACCACCAGUCUCUCAGUUCAUACAUAAUACCAUUUGUUUAUUGUGUUGACAGAUACGUGUACUGGAUCCACGAAGCCGAACGAAUUAUUUUUUUGAUGGCGUAUUUAGCCCAGAAGCAUCCAACCAAGAGGUUAGUGUAUUACAUUUAAUCCUGUUCGAAAUACCAUAUUUAUUUGACGCUGCCCUCGAAUAAUAGACUCAAAAGGUACACAGCGAUCAUUGCUUCGAUGGCAGUUAGAAAUUUUGAGUAAAACAGACACAGAUCCUUUUAAAUGUACUAAUUCUUAUGUCGAGAAAGCAUAUCAGACAUUAGAUCUUUAUUCACUUUGUGUAUUGCAGUGGUAUUAACAUGCAAAUAGUGAAACUGACAACAAUAUAAAAAAAUGAUCUUUUAGACAAGCACUAAGACAUAUUUCUUUUUUUUUUUAAUUAAAGUGGUCAGUCACCAUACUAUUGUUUGGAUUUUAAAUUAAUGCCGCUUUUUUACAAACGCCGCCCUCGAAUCAACACCGCACUCGAAUCACGACAAAUUUAAUAAACGCCGCGGUGUUUAAUCGAAUAAGUGCGGUUGUCAUGUCGAGGAGGGCACUAUCAUCAUUAUCAUCGCAAAAUGACGUGUAAAUAACAUAAAUUUGACCAACACGUUACUACAUGUUUUAUAAUCACUUAAACGGUCAGUUUUGCUUUCAAUCCUUAAGGUGACAAACAUUGCACACAAGUCGGUUCUGUCUCUAAAAUUUCUUUCAGCUGGCAAAAUGUCAGAUAUUUUUAUCUAAAGUGUUAGAAAAAGAAAAGUCUUCUCCCGUAAGGAGGAGCUAGGCCAUAUAAUAGAAUUGUAUAAAGGAAAUGCCUGAUAUUUUAUGGUUUAAAUUGCUUAAAGGUAUAUCUCAAGGUUGGAAAACCUCUCGUCUACGCUGCAUUGAAUGGCUAUAAAGGAACACUUCUAACAUACGGACAGACCGGUACAGGUAAGGAAAAUGAAUAUUUUAAGCUAAACACAAGAGGGAAAGGGAGAACAGCUCUAAAUCUUACAUCCUGUGUCUCUUUGGUUGGUUGCGCAGUCUUUCAUAAACUACUCAACAAUUAAAGAUAAUCUAUUAUGAAAAUUUUUUCAGGCAAAACCUUCACACUUCUGUCAGAUGAUGGUGUUACCACGCGAGUUGUCCAACACUGUUUUGAAAAAAUCGCCAACGAUGAAAUUCACAACUACAAGGUGAGGACCAAACAUAUUUAACAUUUUGGUUUCUCUUACCAAUCUCAGCUCUUAUCGAUGUGUAUUUCUCAUGAAAAGAAGGAUGAUGAAGAAUUAAAGGCUGUCAUACGGGCGUACUUGUCAGCGAAAAUCGUAACGGUGUGCUCUUCGAACAUGUGCAAGGAGAUAAUUUUGAAAUUUUUCUUGAUGGAUAAUAUGACCUAACUUGAUUGCAAAUAUCCAGGGUAACAUUUGCAAAAGAAAUAUAAACUCUGAUUAAAAAAUGCCUCUCCAUGAUGGCGGCGGGGGGUUCAGAAUACAAGUUGUAUUCGCAUUGGAUUUUUUCUUUAUGUACGAUUUAAGUCUAUCAUAAGAUUACAUGCUUUAAGAACACUUUUGUUAAGACACGACCAUGGAUGCACGUAAUCCGAGAGAAACAGAUGACAUUUGAUGUUGUUCGUUCUCAGGUCAUGUGUUCAUUUUUGCAAGUCUACCAAGAGAAGGUCUACGAUCUUUUGAAUCCGCGGUUUACAGUAGAUUUACCAGUCAGAGAGCAUCCAAAGAAAGGUAAGCGCGUUCAAGUGCCCUAAUUCAAUCAGAAUGCCAAAACAAGAUCGUAAAUGAUCAUCGAUCAGAUAAUUUCAUACAGCAACAUUGAAAAUUUCUGAGUAAAAGCGGCUUUUAUUCUGUAGUUUUCAAAGAACUUAAACUCGCAAAUCUUGGAGAAAGAUGUUUUUCGUCUUGUCACGAGCGUGGGACAAAGAAAAAAUUCUGAGUCCCCAAGAGAAAUCGAACCUCAGACCUUCGGAUUCCGCGUUUCGAUAUUUUACCACUGAGCCACAAAGACUCUAUGGUGAGCAAGGCCCAAUAGGAUCUUUCUCAUUCUAUUUACUAAACAUGACGCUAUCGACAUUGCUGAUCCUUGCAGUAUGUAGGACGCGUGUCAUAUAUGAACUUCGUACCGGGCCUUGCUCACCUUAGAUUCCGAAGGGCUGAGGUUCGAUUCCUCAUGGGGGCUUUGAAUUUUUUCUUUGUACCAUGCUCGUAACAAGACGAAAAACAUCCUUCUCGUUUUCUUUACCGAGCUCAAAACUUACCAUCUGUCUCAUUCCACUCACAAACCUUGUCUGAUUAGUGUAAUGACCCUGAGUGGAUUGUGAUUUCGAAGGUCUCGCCGGUUCGAUUUGUAGUCUACGCUCACAAAUGGCUGACAGCAAAGUCCCAGUCAGUCGGAGUUUUGAACUCUUAAUACAUUUAAGUAUUUUUCUCACCGAAGCCUGCUUCGCGUGAGCCGUUGAGACAUGAACACCACGUUGCCUGUCGAGGUUUAAAACUUGCCACUCAAUCACUGAUACUUUGAAUCACCGCGCGCUAACCUAAUAUAAUGCGAUAACAUAUGUUCAUCACUUUCCCUUUUCAGGAGUAUACGUAGCAAACUUGACCCAACACGAAGUAAAAAGUGCUGGAGAUGUAUUUGCACUCUUAGAGAUAGGAAAACAACAUCUCGUUAUCGCGGAGACCAAGAUGGUCCGGCAUUCCAGCAGGUAAUGGCUUCAAAAACUUUCUAUCACUUCAGUUUUUUGUAGUUAUUUGUCGUAACAAUUCGAUUUGUUCAACAGAUCCCACUCAAUCAUGCAGCUUAUUAUAGAAAGAAGACUGAAGGCACACAUUGCUAAUGGUAAGGAGAAAAAACAUUUCUUACGUCCAACGAAGCUAUCUUUGCACUGGUAAUUCGUAGCUGACACAAAUUAACAAAAACCUUUCUUUACUCGACAACUGCGCCAAAAAUCUUUCAUCUUCCUUCCCCUUCGUCCAUACCUGAUCCAAAGACUUUUAUCCCUUGUGUUUCAAAUCAAUUUAUAUCUUGAUUUUGAUGUAAACGCGACAAACAAAAGACAAAACUCUUCAGAGCUGGCAACUACCCACACUUUCAAGAAAAGUGCUCCUGGCUGGGACUCAAAUUCUCGCACAAGACUCUCUUUCUUUGUCGCUCACUCGAAAUAAGAAUUAAACGUCUUCCAUCAAAACUUUUCACUUCAGAAAAACCCCCGAGCAAGGGUGAAACUACGGUAUCCCAUGAGGCAGUUCAAGAGUCUAUCAUGGCAGUCGACGAAACUAUUAACAAUCUCAUUAAGGAACUGAAACAAGAAAGAAAAAGUCAUCACAAGGUAAGGGACUAAGUUCGAAUAUCUGCGCAACCUCUGAGUAGACACCUGUAUACUACUGAAGGUAGAACAAUAUUCAAUAUGACUUUAGUUCAAACCAAGAGAGGUUGAAUCCUCUCCUGGUUCAGACUAAGAGUCCACAGUUUGGUAGAAAAUGCAUGAACUUUACCAAAAAAAACUGUGUAAUCAAUCACUGUCAUUUGAAAAUCUUGUGUUGUGUACACACUUUUCUGUAUCGACUCUGUCAAUAUGUACUUCAGCACAAAGCUUUUGAAUUAUUUGAAGUGUUGUCUCAUUGUAAGACCGUUUGGAAGGUUGCUCGGCAAACUUCUAACUCCUAUUCUUAUUUCCUCUUUCAACAUCAGCGUGAACGAGAAUGUUUGAAAGAGUUAAUGGAGAAGGAGGUAAGAUUUUGAUAAUAAAGCUUUAUUGGGUUAAUCCAUAGGAUCAAAUCCACAUGUCAACCUCGACUUGGAAACGAGUCAAAGAUUUUUGCCUCCUCUGUCAUUCACCUCCUUAUAAUGCGAAAUGAACUGCUUCAGCAGAUGCCAUGAAAGAGAAUGGUACAAAUAAUUGAAUUAAAAAACCCUCAUUCCGAUAGGAUUCCCAUAUCAAGCGCACGUUAUGCAUGAAGCCCCUAUCUUAAAAGUCCCCUCAAGCCCCUAUCUUUGAAGUCCCUUUUUUAAGGCAAUAGAGCUUACAUCAAGCACUCACCUCUACAAAGCGGCCACCAGAGAGAAUACUGAAGGUUUCCUCUGAAACAGGCUCAAAAUACUAUACAUUUAUCAACCAAUCGCAACUUACGAACUUUGCUUACUUACACAGCUCAACAACGGGAACAAUUUUGAGGGCGAUCUCAUUGUGAAAGGAAAAAUCAAUUUGUAAGUAGGAAAUCACAUCAAAAUACCAUCCAAGAACCUUUUUCAAUCAUCCUCAUUCUGCCAAACCUCCCAGCUCAAGUAGCUCUAUAAUUUAAGCACGAAAGGUAAGUGAGCUUAUACAGCCUGAAGAAUGAAACUUGCGUUUUCACCGUUUAUUAUCAAUGCCAUUCUGCUAGUCUCGUACUCAGACCUGAUAGGACCUGGGUACGAGAUUAACCUUUUACCACUGACACGUAAGAUCAAUGUAUUUCCGGCAUUUUCGUAGGUGUGAUUUAGCAGGAAGUGAAAGGCUAACCAAAACCAAGGCGGAAGGAGUACGAUUAACUGAGGCGAAAUAUUUAAACACUUCACUAUUGGAGCUUGGGUAGGUGGAGAUGAACUUUAUAGCAUAUUCAUGCUUAAGGUUCAAGAUGAUAGAUAACCUCAAAUGUCGCUUGAAUCCGUAAUCCUCGGAACAAAAAAAUCUUCGAGGAGAUUCUCAUUUAGGAAAUCAAAUUUUUUUACAUAUUUUCCUUUCCACAUCAAACUACUUGACCCUUUAGCCUGCUUGCAACCAAAUGUCCGCUUCAAAUCGAUUUUUAACUCUGACUCCUCAGGAAUGUGAUCCACGCCCUUGCACGUGGACACAAGCGUCACGUGCCAUACAGGAAUUCUACUCUCACCAGACUCCUACAGGAUUGCCUUGGUGACAAUGGAAAAACAAAUUUUAUCGUAAGCAGCAAAUUUACUUUCUUUGAUUUAGGCUAUGCCCCUUAAGAUGUUUUCUCGCUCUUUUUCUGUCUAUUUUCAUUACAGCAGUUACACGGUCUUUACCAUCCUAAUUCAAUUUAUCUCAGUGUUGCUAUUUUUCCCACAGAUUUGCAUAGCACCUUCCCUCGGCGAAGUAAACGAGACCAAGUGCAGUUUAAACUUCGGUCUUCGAGCCAUGAGAAUAACCAAUGUGGCCCGCCUUAAUGUUGAGGUGAAUACAUGAACUACCACGAGUGUUUGCUAACAAAUUCAAAUGGAUUAAAGUAAUGAUUUCUUGAAAGGAGAGACUUAGUCUGGAGACUUUCGAGUUGACAGAGAUAUGAAAAUAAAUGGACGAGAUGAGGGAAUUUUACUGUCCUUCCCUACUUGGUAGUUUUCGGUUAAUGUGCCGAGAAGUCUUUCCUACGAGCACAAGGGAGAAAUUGUGUCAUAGUUGUUUUCAGUCGUCAUCAAGAUGUUGUAGGAGUGCAAUGAAAUUAAAAUUUCUGCUUAAAAAUUGCGUGAUGAGAUGAUGAUAGAUGAUCCACUCUAUGAGGGGAAAUUUUUAAUCAAACAUUUGCAGUUUUUAUUAUCAUGUGUCAAAGCAAUUUAUUCCCAUUUCUACGAUGGCAUUUUCACAGGUGGACUAUAAAGUAUUGGCUGAAAGACUGGCGAAAAAACUCGAGGAUCAAGGUACGAGAAGGUUGAAUUCUGUUUUGAUUACUGAGCACAGUCCUGCUUUAAUUUCAGUUGCUUACUAAGACUCAAAGUAAAUGCUGGGGUUGAAAUUUAAUUUGUGUGCAGCCUAUUCACCUCUCGCUUCCCAUUUUCUAUAUUUUAAAUAAACGAAGUAAGUAAAAAGAGCAACUAGUUCUAGUCCGGCAAGUAGAUGAGGAACGACCUCCGCUAAUCUGUGGCAAAAGAACUAAUCAUCCUGCAACAUUAGUUAAUUGCAGGCUAAUUGGAUAUGCACUCUGAGGUAGAAAUGAAAAAGCAACACUCAUUUUCAGAACUCAGCUGUUUCUUUUGAAAGUCGCUCUGGCAAGGUGAUAGUUCACUGAGCCAAACAUUUAUUAAAGUACAAUAAAGCUUUAACUGACGGUGUGAUUUUGUUUUGUUUAGAAAUUAAAUACAAGUUCGAGAAGCUGGAGUACCUCAGAGAAAUACAGCGGCUGAAAUCUGCAAUAAGCUGUUACCAGGAGAGCGAGAAUUUCGCAGGAAAAGAUGUAAGAUUGAAUAGCUAUUUUUCUAGUCCUUCACCAACAUGGAUGAAAAAGCGAUCGCCAACUAAACCUAGAGUCAAACGAAACCUUAAAUUUAAUAAUAACUAAAAUGAACGCAGUUAAUAUGAAAAUAAGAGAAAAUCUUUCACAGUGAAGUUGACGUUGUUUUUUACUGAUUUUUAAAUUGUAUGCAUUUCGCCUUUUUGUAGGAGUUAACUUCUAUCAUAUGCCCACCGAGAGCAUGCACAGCCAUGGGUUUCAAGAGAUCGGGUUUUUUUUAAGUCGCUCUUUUUUAUUUCCUUUUUUCACAGCACGAGAAGUUAGUCACAGUAAUUGCUAAUCUUUCCAAAAGUGUCCAACGAGAGAAAGAGGAGAAGAAUAAUCUUCAAACAGAGCUGGUGUGCCUGAAGAAACAAGUGUCUCAACCAAUAGGAACAAGUGCUCCUGAUGUCGAGGCUGUCUUACUUGCCGAGCUUAUGUCCAUGGAACUGUUGGCAAACUUACAAAACCCGGAUGCAGCUAAGGGAAUCCUUUUAGAUGACUCACUUCCAGCCAAAGUUAAAAGUCAUCUGGCAUUGGCUGACACCCAAGAAACACUUUUGAACAAUGCUGGGUGUUUCUUGCAGUUGUUAGACCUCCAUCUUGACACUGAACUGGAUGCAAACGAAAGAAAGCGGGCAGCUUCCGAUGCAAAGGAAUAUUUGCAGUUUAAUUUAUCUAAGGCGGGCUCGGUGGAAUUGUUCUCCAAAGACUGCUCCAUCAAAAUUUCUCCUAGGGGUGUCCCUAAAGAACCCUGUCUCAGCCUACCCAUGUACAAUAGCAGUUCCGAUGAAAAUUCCUCUGGACUGGCGGGUGGAGUGCGCAGAAUGUUGGGUAAACUCAUGGGUCGAGAGAGCAAGGACAGGACGUCAGUUUCGCCUGGCACACAUCCCAGCGGCCAAGCAUGCUCUGUUCCUAGUGGUGACGUUACCCAACGUGGGCAUGAUCAGGAAGACCCCAUGAUUAAAACCAAGGCAUUAUUAACACGCCUGACCAGCUCUAAGGAGAAGGUGGAGCAGCAAGUUCUCAGUUUAUUGUCGACGUUGUUUGACGAACAAAUCACCAAAAAUGAAGGUCAGUAAAAGCCAGCUUCUUAGCACAACUCCCUCCUUGUCGUUACCUCAUAGAUUUUACUAAUAGGCUAACUAAGGACUAUAGGUUUGUCAGUUAUUUAACGGUGAGGUACAAAGGUUGAGUGACGUAACCGGGGAAGCCUUGGUUCACAACUUUUCACAACAGUGGUCAAAUGUGGGGCAUGCGGAGCAAGUCAGCUUUGACCAGCUGUGCGCACGCACUUCUUUGGAAAAUGUUACAAACAACUUGUGUCACAAAUCUUACAAAAAGUCUGUAAAAGGAGAUCGAAGAAAGGGAAACUAGAAAAGGAUCAACUUUUAGAUCACUCGUUUGCUUUGAACUUUACAACGCCGUGAUUUACAGUCAUGUUUGUAUCUCCUGUACGACACCUUUGCUCUGGCAGUCUGAAAACGCGAUGUUAGGCAGCCUCUUGGUCAUUUCAACGUUUGACCACUGUGUUCUAUCUAAGUCACUGGCAGGUUUUAACUUAUAUUUCCUUAAAUCUUAGGACAAUGUCCGCAAUGGAACGAGCUGGGAAAUAAACUGACUAAGCUGAUCAUGUUUCGACGCAAUAACAUGCCUGGUAGGUCGCAAAUAUCAUAUUGUUCCAAUCUCGCUAGCCUUUCCCUAUACUAAUAAAUAAGUAAAUACACAAACAAUAACAGAAAAGUUAUUCUGGUCAAUACAACACAGCUGGUUUGUUAUUUCAAGAACUACGUCAAGCUUAUGCUUAUUUUCCUAGGGAAAAGUUGGGUGUAACAAUGGAAUAACAUGCCCUUCAUAUCUAAAUUUGGGAGAAUGGUAUAAAUUGCUUGAGUCACUUACAUCUUGAUUUUAAAAUUCUAUUUUAGGUUUAAGCGAGGCAGAUAUGUGGGCUAACUCUGAAGACUUGAACGCAAUCUUGGAGAAUUGUCUUCGCUUUGUCAUUAUUGAUAAAGCGCUGCUGGCAUGUCUCCUGGUGAUUGAGUUGCUGGACCUGAGACAGGUAUGUGGAACACUGGAGGAUAAGAGAAAGCUAGCUAAUCACAAUGCUUCAGGAGAGAGCACCGCUACGAACUCUUCGCCUCAAAGCACCCCUCCAGUAAAGACCACUGGUGGUAAGAAGAGCUCUUCUAACAGCAAAGAGAUUGGGUCAAUUUCGCCAACAGCAUCCGUUUCACCGAGACGAGAGAAACUGAAAUCUUUGAAACACACCAAAACAGAACUGGAAAAGGAAAUAACUGAGAUGCACGAAGACACGACAUUUCUUGAAACAGAACUAUUUUCGACCAUGGAAGAGAGAACGAAGGUCGAAGAAGAACUUUAUGGUAUCAAGAGCCACGUGACAAAACUUCGAUCGGAAUUGUUUCAUCUAAAGCUUGAAAAAUCUAACUUGGAAAGUGACGUCAAAAAAUCAAAAAGCCAAGAAAAUUUAGAGCAAAGUGGGAAUUUUGAUGGAGCAAAGUCAACCUUUGAGUCACCAAAGGAACCUGUGCCCCGAGGAUAUCCUGAACUCUCGGACGUCAUGGAAGCUUCGCAUGAGAGUAACGACAGUGAAAACAGUUCUCAGAUGUCCGAUGGAAAUGAAACUAGGGAAGCCUUCUUGAAAACGUGUAUGGAAAAUAUCUCAAAGAUUUAUACGCUUAUGCCGGAACAAGCCGAAGAAAUAGCGAGUGAGGAUGAGAUUUCCGACGAGCAAGAACCAACACUUUCCGAUGCAAACAUUGACGACAGUGAUGAGGAAAUCAUUAUCACAAAACUUGCCCGUAGCCUACGCUCACCUUGCGCAAGUCCCAGUAAAGAAAAAACGUUUGAUGCGUCGUCGCCGCACAAGAGUGGACAGAAGCAACCGAUUGUCGGUGACGGCCAAAAAGGUAAAAGCAACAUUGGAAAUGAAGUAAAUGAGGACUUAGGGGGCAAAUCGAGAGAGGCAUUAAUUAAACAAAUACAAGAACUCAAAAGGAAAUUGCACAAAGCUGAAAAUGAGUUAACUGAAGCCAGAGAAGCAAACGAAGAUUUGGAGGAGGAACUGGAUCACAAAAAAGGCCAGCUAGCGGAAGCACAAGUGACCAUAACAAACCUGGAAAACCAGAUCGUCGAUGAAAAAGAAACCUGUGAAGAAGUGCGACAACAGUACUUUAACGUCAAAACACAGAACGAAAUACUCGAUGGAAAGCUGAAGGCUUUACGAUCGGAAACGGAGAGGCUUUUAAGAGAUAGCAAUAGCAGCAACGCUGUUUUCAGAUCGCCGGAAAGUUUACGCAGAGAUAAUCCACUAUCACCACUCAAAACAAAGGCAAAGUCUCCUCUCAGGUCACCUACGAAAGCAAAGGUUCCUAAAAUUGAUCUACGAACUCCUCCGCAGAAGCAGCUUGUCUCAAAUGAGAUUGAAUUCAUUUCUCUGGUAGAAGAAAAUGCAGAGCUUAAAGUCAAGUUAGGGAACGCAACACAAGAAAAAGUUCGUUUGGAAAAAUCACUUAAAAUUGUUGAAGAAAAGUCCUUCAAGAUGAAAACUGUCAUUCAAACAAAUGAGGAUGCCUGCAGUCGGUUCAAAGAGGAAGUCUCAGAGAUCACCAAGGAAAAGGUUAGGCUCUCCGGUGAGAUAACAGAUUUACGAAAUACAAAUUCGAGCAUGGCAGAAGAGCUUCAGAGAUACCGGGAAAAAUCAACACGUCUCGAGAAAGACAUCGAAGCGAUCGCUUACAUGAGCACGCGACUCGAAAAAAACAACAAAAUACUCGAAAUGGAAAUAUCGAAAAUGGAAUCUGAGCUGUGCUCUUGGAAAGCCAAGCACGAAUUGCUGUCUCAGGAAUGUCAAAGACUUGAUCAAGAAAACCAAAUAGCAAGGAAAGAUCGAGAAAAAGCUCUUCUUGAGCUGGGAGCUAUCAAAAAAGAGAAAAGUCAUUUGUUAGAACAACAGUUUUCAAUUACCGAGGAAACGGUAAGAAGAGAGAAGCAACUUAAGGACAACGAGGAACGAUUCUUUGAGUUGGAGGCUGAAGUGACCGAACAGAAACGGCUUAAUGCCAACCUCCAAAAGGAGCUAGCAGGUAUGGCCGAGUAUCAGGAAGCGUUAGAAAUUGAAUACUCCAAAGCAAAGAACGAGGAAGACAAGUUGAAGCAAGAACUGGCAAUAAUUAGCUCCCGGGUUAUAGAAUUUGAGACAGAACUUGCCUCGGCUACACAAAAUACCCAGGACCAUGGGUUGAGUACCGAACAAAAGUCUAGCAGUUUGAGCCUUCGAGCCACUCUUACAGACGAGCCAAGCCACAGAGGAAAAUCAUUCAGCGGAACACCAAGUAAGAAGUUUUAUACCAUUACUCAUACAAGUGAAGACGAAAUUGCCGACACAUCUUCUUCCAUAGCGGAAUCACCCGCAGAUGAAGGCAAGAUUGUGGAACACGAAAAUCAACUUUUGAAACUCGAAAAUGGUUAUUUACAACAACAGUUGGCGGAGAGUGAGCGUGUCUUAGCUCUGUACAGGCAAGAUCUGGAGAGCGCUCAUGAUCUCAUCGACAAACUUCAAGCAGAGGUGAAGACAUAUGCCAAUGAAACAAAGAAUGAAGCUACCGAAGACGAAUGUAAAACUCCGUCAGACAAGGAUGACACUGUCCAAGAGAUUGAAGGUUGCUCAGAAAGUACAAACGACGAAUACAAGUUACUUGAAGAAAAGCACGCUGAACUGACGAGAGAAUACGAGAUUCUUCGACGGCAAUAUCAAGAGGCAGUUACUGAGAAGGAAAAAGGAAUCAACAAAGAGUCAAUUUCAAAUGCAGCUUUGAAGAAAGUCACAUUCGUUGGUGAAAAAGCUAGCAAGAAAAUCACGACAUCCCAACGAGAUGUUGUACAUCAGCAGAACACCCUGCAAGAUCGAAUAACAGAGUUGGAAAGUGAAAAUAUGAAGCUGAAAGUAGCUGAGGAAAAUUUAGUAGUGGGUCUGAACACAAACAGACAGCUAGAAAGGUCACUGGAAGAUGCAAAACGGGUGCAAACGACUCUGGAAGAAAGAAUAGCCAUGUAUGAAAGUGAAAAGAAAGAUAACAAAUUGAAGCAAACAUACAUGGAAGAGCAAGUAGCCCGUCUGCAGGAGGAGAACGAGAAGUCAAGAGCCGAAUUACUUGAGCGAACUAGAAGUACCAGUCACCCAUUAAACUUUCAGCAAAUUGUAGGUGAUGUUCAACUUGGCAAAAGAGCUGUUGACAACGAACCCAAAGUGCGUAAACUUGAAGAAGAUCUUCUGAAAGUUACCAGCGAUAAGCUAAAACUUGAAUUUGAGUUAAGAAGUGCCAACGCCGAUUGUGAACGACUUAAGAGUGACCUUCAUCAAAGCGAGUCCGAAAGGAACUUGUUAACCACCCAACUUAAUGACAACAUAGAGCGAGCAGCAAACCUUGAAAUACGACUGAUGGAGAUGCGGUGUUCAUGCGAGACAAUCAAAGAUGAAAUUAACACGCUUAAAAACCAGAAAAGACAAGAGAGUUUUCACCUUCAUGAGGCAAGCGUCUGUAAAGAGAUAUUGGAAAAGCGGUUGGAAGAUGCACUCAAAGAAAAUAACUCUUUCCAUCACGAACUCGAAGCUAUACGUGAAGAACGAGAGGAAACCAUGAAGAAGAUUGCUAAGCUAGAAAUAGCAAAAGAAGAACUGAUUAAAGAAAUCGACGAGGUAAGAAAACAGAGAGAAGUUAAGCAGAAAGUACCUGAAAGGACAACGCAUGAAAGCAAAAAGGCAAAUGGGCCGAUGAAUAAGGAAGCCUCUGAAGAAUCGAACGAGUACAGAAAGCUACAUAGAGAAGACCAAGAACAAGUCACAAUCCUCCAAGAUGAGCUAAGAAAAAUUACCGAAGAUCACAGUCAGUUAAAAAUGGAAUUACAGGAGAUAAAAAGUGUAAAGGAACUUCUCGAAAAGCAGAUUGAACAUAUUAAGGCUCAGGGAUUAAUGGCAAAUGAGGACGACCCAUUUGCCUCGAGUUUUAAGCCACAAACUGCUAAAGAGGAGGAGCAAGAAAUGAGCACAAAUGAUGAGAAGGAAAUUGAGGAAAAGACCAAGUUGCUUGAAAAAGAGAAAGGACUUUUGGAAAAAGAGCUAACCAGGGUUCAAGACGAAUGUAACAAGCUCAAGCAAAAACUCUCAGAUAUUAAACUUGCAUCCGAACCGGGACAAGAGGAUCACAGAAAUGAGAAUGAAGAAAGGCAAGAACACUUGGAGAUAGAGCUUGAGAGGCUACGCGACCUGAACAAAAAACUCGAAAACGAGUGUGAAGAUUCUAAUAAAUUAAUACAGGAGCUGGAGGUAAAGACCAAGGCAUUGGAAAGCUUGGAAAAAGAGCUUCACUGCUUCCAUGAGGAAAACGAUCGACUAACUCAGGAGGUGGACAUAAUUCAACACACAAGCAAAGCCAUAACAGAUCACCAAUCUACCAAGGAAUCAUUGGAAGCGGAAAAAUCUCUUUUGAAGAAAGAACUUGAAAGUAUUCAUGACUGCAACAGAAAACUUCAAGCAAGGAUAGAUGGCAUGGGUAAAGAGCUUGAGAUAGUUACCGAGCAAAGAGAGAAAGUAAGUUCAAUAGAGAAGAUGAACGCUUCCUUGAACAAUGAGAUUGACAAGUUACAGACGAUGCAUCAACAUCUUGAGAGCGAAUUGGCAACAACACAUGGAAAGAUAAAAGAAAUGGAGAUCACUAACGAUGCUUUGAAGAAAGAAAACAAAGCUUUGAAGGGAAGGAUAAAUAAUGAGGUGCACCGGCGGAAGGAUGAUCACAAGAGGGUACCGAGUGUAGGGAACAAAUUGAAGGACACGUUAAAGCAAGAACAAAGUGUCGCAAAGGAAGACAGAGCAAGUUAUAAAUCGGAGGGCGAAAAUGGUGAAGACAGUGAAAAUGAUUCGCGACAGAUGAUUGAACAGCAUGCAAGUGAAAACACUACAUUGAAAGAUGAACUAGACAGUGUUACGAAAAACACUCACGACAGCCACGUUCCUGACCAGGAUUCUCAGAGUGUCACUGUUUUAAAAAAAACAACCGAACCUCAGCCAGAAAAUGAAGAUUUCGACGAGUCGAAGAACAACAAACUGACCAGCAGUCGCGACCAAGAAACGAACACUGAGUCCGGAAAUGAGAAGGUCAGCGCUCCCUUUUCAGAGAACGUUAAAGCUGGGCUUUCGUUAAUGGCAAAAGAAAAUCUGUUAUUGGAGAAGAAAGCAUCGUACUUCGUCAGAGCACAGGUGCAGCUAGAACAGUCUCUUUCAAAAGCAAUGAAAGAAAACACUUAUUUAAAGAACAAAGUCAGCGAAACAGAAAACGUCCUAAACAUACUUCGCGAACGUGUCCAUGAGCUGGAGAAAAAUUCAGGUGCCUUGCCGUUGACUGACUUGAAAAAAAGUGUCAUGUUGUCCAGCGACAGUGAGAGCGACUGUGAUGCAAAUGAACUACCAAACAGUGAUGACAAGACAGAAGGCCAGCGUAUGGACAACGAGUUUGCAGGUUUGCUAGAAAACACAGAGGAGGGGAGCAAGAUGGGAUCUUCCCAUGAGGACGGUGAAUUGCUCCCAGUCCCAUCUGACGUUGAUAAAUUACAACGUGAACUGGAGGAGGUAACGAAAGAACUAGAAAAUCUGAAAAGCCAAAGGGAGAUGCAAAAGAUUAACUCGAUAGAAAAAAAAGAUUUUGGGAUCCAAAGUGAAGAAGACGAAACUCUUCUUAGACAAGAACAGGAAAACAUACUUCUGAAACAAGAAAGGGAAAGUUUACUCGAAGAGCUUGAAGCGGCGACAAAUCAAAAUAAAGCCGUAGAAAAUGAUCUGAGGCAAAAUAAAGAGUCUUGUAUAAAGCAGGAGCAAGAAAUAAAGCUGUUGCUGUCGUCGUACAGCCAAGAAAAAGAAAGUUUGUUGAAAGAACUUGAAAGUACAAGGCUAGACUGUCGUAAGGCAAAAGAGAAACUUCGAGAGUUACAACAAAUCGAUUCUGAAUUUGCGGAUAUUCAAAAGAAAAGUACAGAGGCGGAAAAACUGGUGACUGAGCUCGAAAAAGAGUUACUUUGCCAGACUGAAAUGAAAAACGAAUUAAGGAGAGAACUUCAGAAUUGUCAAAAGAAGCUGCAGGAAAUAGAACAACUGGAAACACAGUUGCGAACUUGUCGGAGGGAAAUCGAAGAUCUACACGACAUAAACAAUCAGCUGAAGGAAGAAAUGGAAAAAAGGAAAGACGAGAAUAAUAAUUUAAUCGAUGAAUUAAAAACCGUCAAGGUUAAAUUACGAUCAUUGGAGAAACAGAAAAAGCAAACAAUGAAUCGGGAUGCUAACAUAAAAAAUCGCCAAGAUCAAAGCGUCCAAACUUACUCCACCGUUGAUAUUUUUGUCCACCGAGAUGAAAAAGGUCCUAAAGAUAUAGCUGCAGCAACCGAUGUAGAGGAAUCCGAGAACGCCGUGGCUUGUCAACAAUAUCACGACAUCAAUAGUCACAGGGUCUUUCCACAGUCCAGCGAAGUACGUAGUGAGAGUAAUAAAUCAAACAAGGCUGGAGACAACGAGGCACAGGAACUUAACUCAUCCGAGAUCAGUAAAAUUCUAAUGGAUAACAAUCGCUUUCAGGGACUUCCAAUUCCAAUAAUUAUAAUAACCCAAGAAGACAAUACUGCCACAAUCAACAACGAAAGUAGUACAGGACUAAAACUGUAUUUAGAGGACUUUGAGAAAGAUUCGCCAAAUGAUCAAAGUACUCCUGAUGAAGAAAACCAACAAAACACUUCUCCCAUGACGACGAAAGACGAUGUCGAGCCUUCAGUGUAUGAGCAGAUUAUUGCUAUGGAAACAUCAUCAUAUCAAGAGCAAAGCGCUGUAAAAAGCGAAGUUCAAACGACGAAAGAAAAUUUGAAAACCAAGAGUGACUCAGAUGGAGAUGGUGAGCAAACUCUAAGGAAUGGUGAACAAAACCAAGAAAUAAUUAGUGAGCCUGAAGAUGGUUCUAAAAAAGAUGAGUUGACCAUGAGUCCUCCUCAGAAAGAUGUACAACGGGAUGAAGAUCUUCCCGAAGGUGGAGAGGAGGAGUCCUUGAGUUUAAGAUCAAGACGUGAAUUGGAGUGGACAAUCUCCAACCUAAAGUCGGAGUUGCAACAACGUUCUGAAGACCAUGAGAAGAAUCAACAAGAAAUUGGCUCACUUGAAGAACAACAGCUGUCCAUGAAAAGAGAAAUCGUCUCGUUGUUGAGUGAAUGUGAAUCACUCAGAGCAAAGGUAGCUAUAUUACAAACGCAGAAUGAAGCCGUCUUGAAGGGACAGAUUCUAAACGAUGAGGAAAACGAAGAGCUCCAGCAAAAUAUGCAAGACCUCCUUGAAGAAAAGAAUUCAAUCGAGGAAGCUAAGAAAAAACUUGAAAGUGAGAAAGCAAGACUGGAGAUCGAGUUGUCUGAUGCAAUUGAAACAAGAGAGGCAGUGGAAGGUGAGUUACUUCGCUCCAGAGCCGAAAAUGCAAGUGUAUCAAAACACACAACGGAAGGACAGUGGUAUGAUAUUAGUGAAAGAUAUGCCAAAUUGGAAACAGUACUUUCAUGUGUUCUUGAUGAGAACUCAAAAAUGACUGCAGAGCUUUCAGCUCUCAAAGCCGAAAACAGCAUGCUUAAGAGCUUCAAGAUUAUGGAAAUAACAGACAACUGUACGCAAUUUUCACCGAGAACGACAGAAGAUGAAAGCGAUGGAGGUAGGACACAUUCUUCAAGGAAGUCUACAUCGUCUAUUACACAACAUUCACGGCUUGGUGAAGAUCUUGCAAAUCAAUUGCAUUUAGCUAGUCCAAAAUCCACAGAAGCAAAUCAGUUUAAAGGCGAUGAAGAAGGAACAACAACUGAUGAGUUUCCAGUCACUCCUACUCCUACUGUCGAAGUCAAUCUUAAAUCUGAAACAUUUGGAAACAGAUUUGGUGAUGAGCAACGUCAAAUGGAGAAAAAUGAAGUUCCCACUUUGAUAAAAGGUAACAAUGGAAGAGAACACCGCGCCGCAGUGAGCGCCGAAUCAUCAUCGCUGCUACCUCUUGCUAAAAGAAAUAUCGUGGAAAGUACUGAGCUGGAGGCGAUCUCAUUGGGAAAAAGUUUGCGCAAAAAACACCAAAGAAAAGCCUUAAAGGAAACUUCCUCUUUGCAUAAAAAGCAUUACAAAGCUGACGGAGCUGAAAAAGUGGAGUCGGAUGACCAUGAUUCGAGUAUGGAGGUCCAUACUAGCAGCUCUCUCGUUUCGAUCACAGAUCUCGACGUAAGCAUCUCUUCUGAUCAAAUCUCGUCAGAGGAUAGCUCCAUAGUGGGUUCAGAAAUACGGGUCCUUCAAAGGAUGCAAAAGGAGCUCGCAGAGACGAAAUGCAGCAAUGUUCUUGUUAAAAAUGAGUUGGCCAUUAUAAGAAAGCACAACGCAGAUCUCCAGAGUCAAGUGCAAAAGCUACUCAGCAGAAACAACCACCUGAAAACGAAAAUGUGCGACAAGGCUUUAUCUGUGAAACGGAUGGAGAAGGAGGUUUCGAACAUCAAAGAGGAGAAUAACAAGCUGCAACAACAGGCGAUGAUUCUCCAAGAUGAGAUGGCAAGAGUGGAGAAAGAAAAGGCCAAAUUUGAACGCAACAUGUCUGCAACAAAAUCUGAGAACAAGCGACUAAAAUCCGAUCUAUCAAACAUUAAAGCUGAGAGCUACAGAACCAUGAAAGAGCUGGUAAACUUGCAAAGUGAGAAUAGGAAAUUGCAGUUGGACAUUGAGAGGCUUAGGGAAGACUCAAGGAGACUAAAUGGACCUUGUAGUGACGACUCCGCGUCGCAUGAACCGCCAUUCUGGGGAUCUGUGUCUCACGGUGACAGGAGCACAUCGCGCAGGAGUUUACAGGAAAAACAAGUCAAACAAAACACGACUCAUCUACACGAUAGAGUGAUUAGCGAUCUUACUUUCUGCCAGCGGCAAACGUCAAAAGAAGAUUCGCAAGGUCCGGUAUGUGAGAAAACGUCUCCUCUACGUUUCAAAAAUAUGUUAUUUGCCAUUGAAUAAAUUUAAUCAUAAUAACAUGUUUCAAAACAAACACAACAAGAGGCGCAUCUCUAAUUCGUGAAAAUGAAGACGUUGUAUAGUAUUUUUGAUGACACCAUCUCAGGAUUAUUAGAUGCCAUGUCACUUUGGAAGCUUCUAAGAUGAUAAAAGCAGACUUUCCAUUGUUUUUCUUGAUCAAUCCUCUGAAUGUUUUUGUUAACUUUCACGUAGGAAUUAUCGCCACUGAAUCUUUCCGAAGAGCUCCAGAAACAAGACACUGAUGACGACCAAUAUGGCAAAACACUUAUUGGAUCCGGUAAGUUAUGUAUGGUCGUUUUAAUUGGUCUACCUAAGAAGAUAGUACUCGAGGUAAAGCUAAAGUAACAAAGAGUUCUUGGAAUUUCUCUUUUGUGGUAGACAACGACCUAAUAGAAAUCACUAGUCUGUUUGUACACUCUUAAAGACUUUCACAAACAGCAGGAAACUAUGGGAAAAAUGUCACAGCCACCUAGAGAUCACUUUAUAUCACAGAAGAAGUAACAAGUAACAGGAUACCAUUAUCCAGCAGAAACUAAGCAUUUAUUUCUCUCGUUAGUUUAAAUGUCUUGUAAGUAUGAAAUGUCAUUGCUUUAUAAAUAGGAGACUCGAUCAGCAGCGAAGACAGAUCUAGAUAUUCUGAACCUGUGUCACGACGAGGAAGUCAGCUCUCCUUCACCAGUGAAGCAAGUCACCCUGGUGAGGGCAGUGAUCCAAACGAAAUUGAACACCACGAAAAAACUGAAGACGAACACGAAGACGAGCUAGGGGGCAAAAGCAAAAGCAAAAGCAAGAAAAAGAUCAAAAAGAUUCUACGGAAAUUCCAGCACGGCAAAAAAACCAAGUCUUCGAAGUAAUUUGUCUUUUGAACGAGUCAUUAUGUAAGGUUUCCGUCAAGUGUUCAGACGUAUAAACACGAUUCCUUUCUUGUAGAUUUGUAAAUAAGAAAGAGAACAAAUGUACUGGGUUUCAUUGUUCAGUUCUUGGUAAGAAUUACCUUGACUGAGUAUUUACGUUAAACACACAGGUAAAACAUAAGGCUGUUGCUAUCGUAAAUGUCCACUUUCCAACUUAAGUGUAACAGAAUUUCAAACCAUUUCAUAGAAAAAGGCCAAAUGCAACAUGUGUCAAUGGUAGUCGACUCGAAUGAAGAUAAAUCGCAGAAACCCCCUUAAAUCAAUGAUAAAACUGAAACAGGUGUUUCUGAUUUUGUGCUAUAUUUCAAGAUAUUUUCACUGAAAAGAGAAGAUUAAUUUUUUAUGUAACAAUAUAUUUAAACAUUAUGCAAUACGUUGGCCAGCUUCUAAGGUGAGGCUAAAUUCUCUUGGUAAUUAUUUUCCUUCUGUCUUUAUACUGAAUACAGUAGCAAAAUUAUAAAAAAAUUAUACUGCACGAGUACACUGGUAUAUUGGUUUUUCAAACGUCUGAC